AAGCAUGCCUGGACCGCCUACCUGCUCAAGGGUCCGCCUUGCUCUGCCCCACCCAGCCCAGCCUGCCAGAACUCCUUGGAGAACGAACCCUCUUUCCUGGCAGCUGGACCCAGGGAGUCGCCUUUGGCACCAUUGGGGAGCUUCCACCUUUAGGGGAGGAAGAGGAUGCAGACCUACAGAAGAUCUCUCUGCCUGUGUUUAUGGGAUGGAACCCCUCUUGCCAUCCAUCUGGGCUGGAUUUUCACUUCCACAUCCCCCAGGCCCAUCCUGAUUAUGGCCCUUGCCUGGCUGUGGCUGCUUUGUCUCUCCACUUCCCAGGCUGAGGCCCAGGCUGCAGAGCUGUAUGUGGAAGUCCCUGAAAACUAUGGUGGAAGUUUCCCUUUGUACCUGGUCAAGCUACCACUGCCCCCCAAAGAGGCUGGAAGCCACAUUGUGCUGUCAGAGAGCUUAGAUGUGGCAGCGGAAGCCCCUUUUGCUGUGGAUCCAGAUUCUGGCUUCCUGUUAGCAACCAGAGCCCUAGACCGAGAAGAAAAGGCAGAGUACCAACUACAGGUCACCUUGGAGUCUGAUGAUGGACGUAUCUUGUGGGGCCCACAGCCUAUAAUUGUGCUUGUGAAGGAUGAGAAUGACCAGGUGCCUCACUUCUCCCAGACUGUCUACAGAGCUCAGCUGAGCCAGGGCACCAGGCCUGGUGUCCCCUUCCUCUUCCUUGAGGCGACUGAUGGGGAUGAACCAGGAACUGCCAACUCAGACCUUCGAUUCCACAUCCUGAGCCAGGCCCCAGCCCAACCUUCGCCAGACUUGUUCCUACUGGAGCCUCAGCUGGGAGCUCUGGCACUCAGCUCUGAGGGAAGCUCCAGCCUAGACCAUGCCCUAGAAGCAUCCUACCAGCUCUUGGUACAGGUCAAGGACAUGGGUGACCAGGCCACAGGCCACCAGGCCACCGCUACUGUAGAGAUCUCCAUACUAGAGAACACCUGGGUGCCCGUAGAGCCUAUUCACCUGGUGGAGAACCUCAAAGUCCCAUAUCCACACCGAAUUGCCCAGGUUCACUGGAGUGGAGGGAAUGUGCACUAUUACCUGGACAGCCAGCCUCCUGGGCCUUUCAGUGUGGAUGCAGAGGGGGAGAUCCGUGUGACCAGGGAGCUGGACCGGGAGGCCCAAGCUGAGUACCUGCUCCAGGUGCGAGCUCAGAAUUCCCGUGGUGAGGACUACACAGAACCCCUGGAGUUGCGUGUGGUGGUGAUGGAUGAGAACGACAACGCACCUGUUUGCUCCCCUCAUGGUCCUUCAAUCAGCAUCCCUGAACUCAGCCCCCCAGGUACUGAAGUGAUUAAGCUGUCAGCAGAGGAUGCAGAUGCCCCUGGCUCUCCCAACUCUCACAUUGUAUAUCGGCUGCUGAGCCCUGAGCCCGAGGAGGAGACGGAAGAGAGAACCUUUCAGCUGGAUCCCACUUCAGGAAGUAUCACAUUGGGGACUAUCCCACUCCAAGCUGGCCAGAACAUUCGGCUUCAAGUGCUGGCCACUGACCUGGCAGGAGCAGAGGGUGGCCUCAGCAGCACAUGUGAAGUUGAAGUCUCAGUCAUGGACAUCAAUGACCAUGCUCCUGAAUUCACCACUUCCCAGAUUGGGCCUGUGAACCUCCCUGAGGAUGCGGAACCCGGGACCCUGGUGGCCACGCUCAUGGCCACUGAUGCUGAUCUCGAGCCUGCCUUCCGUCUCAUGGACUUUGCCAUUGAGGCGGGAGACCCAGAAGGGAUCUUUGGCUUGGAUGGAGAGCCAGAUUCUAGUCAUGUCCAACUGAGACUCCGCAAGAACCUCAGCUAUGAGACAGCUCCUCAUCAUGAGGUGGUGGUGGUAGUGCGAAAUGUGGAAGAACUUGUGGGCCCUGGCCCAGGACCCGCAUCCACGGCCACUGUCACUGUGCUGGUGGAAAGAGUGAUACCCCCCCUCAAGCUGGACCAGGAGAGCUAUGAGGCUAAUGUCCCAGUCAGCACCCCAGCCGGUUCCCUCCUGCUGACCAUCCAGUCCUCAUACCCCAGGAGCAGACCUCUCAGGUUCUCCCUGGUCAAUGACUCAGAGGGUUGGCUCUGUAUCAAAGAGGCCUCCGGAGAGGUCCACACAGCCCAGUCCCUGAAGGGUGCCCGGCCUGGAGACACAUACACAGUGCUUGUGGAGGCCGAGGACACAGAUGAGCCAGGACUGAGCACCUCUGCCACCCUCAUGGUCCACUUCCUGAAGGCCCCUCCGAUCCCGGCCCUGUCUCUGGCCCCCACGCCAUCCCGACAUCUCUGCACACCCCGCCAGGACUAUGGCGUGGUCAUCAGUGGACCCAGCGAGGACUCCAACCUGUCCAGUGGGCACGGCCCCUACAGCUUUGCACUUGGUCCCAACCCCACAGUACAGCGAGAUUGGCGUCUCCAGCCUUUCAAUGAUUCCCAUGCCUACCUCACCCUGGCCCUGCACUGGGUGGAGCCAGGUGAACAUAUGGUUCCAGUGGUUGUUCAACACAAUACCCAGACAUGGCAGAUCAUGGUCCGAGUGAUCGUGUGUCGUUGCAAUGUGGAUGGGCAGUGCCUGCGCAAGGUGGGCCACAUGAAAGGCAUGCCUACGAAGCUGACAGCAGUGGGUGUCCUUGUAGGCACUCUGGCAGCCAUAGGCUUCUUCCUUAUCCUCAUCUUCACCCACCUGGCCUUGGCAAGAAAGAAGGACCUGGAUCAACCAGCGGACAGCAUGCCCCUGAAGGCGACUGUCUGAGUGACUUAGGAACACUCAGUGCUUGGCCUCUGGCCCCAUGUGAACCCACUGGGAAAAGUUCUGGUACCCAAAAUCCAGUGGGGACCACUACAGAGUAAAAACUCCUUCUACCUCCCUGGUGUGGAGGCACUGUCACUACAUGUGUUCUGGGAGCCUGAAUGACUUUAUGGGAUCCCCACAGGAGUGAUCUGAAUGGCAGCUCAUCGUCCAAUAAUAAAGCCUCAGUGAAUGAACGGGGCAGGGCCCUGAGAACUGC